AUGGAGCAGCAGCAAUUGCCCGAGCCGGCUACCUACCUGGCGGCAGCACCUCCUAUCCCCCGACGAUCCCGCGAACGAGACCGCAUCCGAAACCUCGCUGAUCAGCAGGACGAGAAUAAGAAAGUCGAGACGGAAAAGAAAACAAGUGGACUUACGUGGAGGCAAACUUUGGAAAACCACCGGAGAGAUCCCAACCGAACGCCCGAACGAAAAGACAAAGACCCACGCACCGACCACGCGUCCGCCGCCGCCGCCAGCAUAGCAGCCAGCUUAGCAGCCAGCGCCAACAACGCCAACCACAACCGAGACAGGGAUCCCAACCAACCAAUUCAAACCGCCUCUCCUGAGGUCAUCUCGUCCCUCAUCACAUCCCUCUCCUCCAUAUCACGCCCGCUGAGCACCCAUUUCGAGUCGCCCUUCUAUCUCGAGUCCAUAGGCCCCAACAGCCCCAUCGACCUGUCCUUCAACUCCUCCCCAACCGCCAAAUCGGGUUCGUUCGGUGUCGACUACGGCGCAUUCUCUAAGCCCUCCGAAACUCAGUGGCAGCACCAAGAUGUCCCCGUAGACCAGGCCACUGCAAGCCCUCCCGUUGUCCGGACCGGUAGAUCUCGUCCCACAUCCAAGAUAUCCGUGUCCUCCAAGGGCCCAAAAUCACCAAAGAGCCCCGCACACACGCGCGAACCCUCCGGCUUUAGGAGCUUGCUCUCGCGCGGUAGCAGCAGCGCACUGUCGCGAUCAUCGAGCAAGGCAUCCCUUGCGUCCGGCGUCGAAAGCAUUGGCAAGCUGAGCAUCGAACGAGGAAGCGAACCAGUUUCGCCCGUGGGCACCGACCCCAAACCAUUGCGCCGACAGAAAUCCGCCGAUAGCUGGAAUUGGAGGACAGCAGGUCGCAGUCAGCGCGGGUUGAUGUACAUGAGCAGUAAGGAGAGAUUACGCGAACAAGAAAUCGAAAAGAGGACGAGCGUUAUUGGUAUUUCGGCACUAGUUGCAAGUUCAUUCACAGGACUGGUUGGAACGGGCACAACAAGCGGCAGCUCGACCCCCCGUCUCGAUCCGUUGUCGGUGGAGAGUAUUAUCAGCGAGGAACCAGGCAGCGAUAUCCCUUCUACACCCAAGUUGCCGACGGACUGGGAACCUCCAAGCGGCUUUGGGAGCUCCCCGCCAGGUAUUCCCACCAGGGAGUCAUCGUUGAGGAGGUCACAGAAACACAAGCGGUCGUCUACCAGGACGUCGCGCAAGUCGAUACGGGAAAGCGACACUGGCGCGAACGACACCAUUCACGAACUUGAAGAGCACCCCAGCGAGCUCCCCGAGCCACGCACCGAAAAACCGCAACGACGCCAAAGAAAGAUGCUGGACCCUUUACGCCUCUCUGCAGACUUACACAUGAAACCAGUAUUAUCCACACCUACAGUCAACAUGUUCCCAGAAACCGAAACCGACGAAGUUGCACCCUCUCCCGCAAUCGCCCAGUCACGCCCACAGGAUCGCGAUGCAGAUCCAAAAUCGAAACGAAGAUCAGCCUUUUUGAACCCAGAUUCUUUGGUUGGCAACGGUGAUAGCAACGGGAAUUCAGAUAAUAAGAACAAGCGGGCUAGCAGUAAGCUUAAACGACUCUCCGACGCUAUUAUACCUGGAAAUCCUGACAAAUCUUCUUCGACAGAGGGAAUUGGACCGCAUGUUACAUACGAGAGGCCAAAAAGCGCAGACAGCAUCGACGACACGGUCGAGGCUUACCUAUGUAGUCCCCGACUAAGCCAGAAGAUCCGGCAUCCGCAGACAGGUCGCGUAAUCAGCUUCAGCGAAGUGGGCGAUCCCAACGGGAGUGCCGUUUUCUGCUGUGUGGGCAUGGGUCUGACGAGGUAUAUUACCGCGUUUUACGACGAGCUGGCCUUGACGUUGAAGCUCCGGAUGAUUACCCCUGAUAGACCUGGAGUGGGUGAUAGUGAGCCGUAUAGUGAUGGUAACACGACGCCACUGGGCUGGCCUGAUGACGUCUAUGCCAUAUGUCAAGCUCUCAAAAUUACAAAGUUCUCCAUCCUCGCCCACUCCGCUGGCGCCAUCUACGCCUUAGCAACCGCGCUACGCAUGCCUCAACACAUUAGAGGAAAGAUCCAUCUACUCGCGCCUUGGAUUCCCCCAUCCCAAAUUAACGUCAUCGGAGGUGGUUCUCAGAACCCUCUACCACCGACCAACGCCAUCCCUACCAGCCAAAAAAUCCUAAGAGCACUACCAACACCCAUCCUCAAAGUCGCUAACAGCAACUUUAUGGCCGCCACCAGCUCCAGCAUCACCUCCUCCCUACCCAAACAAAAACGCGCCAAGCGCGACAAGAAGAAGGACAAAUCUUCUUCGUUAGGCAUAAUAGAAAACAAAGACUCCGACCGGCCCGCCACCUCCUCCGGCAUCAUCAGUACCGAACCAAGCGGCGCAGACGAAGAUAUGGACCGCAUCCGCCCCACCAUCACCAACAGCAACAAGGGCAUCGGCGGCGGCAGCCACCGUCACCGGCACACCCGCUCCAAAUCCUCCAACCUCGCCGGCGUCGACGAACACAACAACAACCACUCCCGCCACUCCACCUCGGGCGGCCUCUCAGACGCCGACGUCGCUGCCGCUUUGGCGCUAGCCGAGCGCGAACGUCAACAACAAUACGACCACCGCCUCACGCACGCCAUUUGGCAAUUAGCUACCACGGGCGCCAACCCGGCCGUGGACCUCUUGGUCUGCUUGGAGCGUCGGCACACCAUUGGGUUUCGCUACGUGGACAUUGCCCGCCCUGUCGUGAUCCACCACGGUAGUCGCGAUACGAGAGUACCUGUCGAAAACGUCAAGUGGCUAGGGAAAAUGAUGAGGCGGUGCGAGGUACGCAUUCUAGAAGGCGAAGGUCACGGACUCAUGGCUAGCGCGCAGGUGAUGGCGGGCGUGUUGAUGGAGAUCAGUAAAGAGUGGGAGGACUGGGGGCGGGUGACGGGGCAGAACCCGGGGGUGUUGAGUGAGAGGGGUGGAGCGAUGGGGACGGGGAAAGGGGAUGGGAGUGGGGCCAAUGGGGGUAAACAUGGGCAUGGUCAUAGGAGGGGCACGAUGGAUCGGUUGGGGAUGAGUAUGGGGAUGAGUUUUGGACUGGGAGGAGGAGGAGGUCCGAAGGACACGUAGUGAGCGAGCCUGCUGAGCUCUUUCGUUGUUUUCCAA